AUUUUAUUGACUAAUAAACUGCCACCACGUGUUCCAAUGAAAACCGCGCCCUCGUUCAAUUAUGCCUCCCACAAAAUUGACCACAUGUUCAACUUGACUCCUUCCACUCCUUGCCCUAAAAUUCUCUUUUCGAUACAUAAAAACCACAUCUAUUCUCCGCCCUUUUGAAACCCCAACUGCUCUCGCUCUUUCUCCGUCGCUCUUUCUCUCACGUCUUUUACGAAAUCUACCAUCGGUGAUUCGAUCUAUACAGAUUGAUGGCGUCGUUCGCGGAGGCUCCAGCCGGAAACGCCACCGCUGGCGAGAAGAUCUUCAAGACUAAAUGCGCUCAAUGUCACACCGUUGAGAAAGGCGCCGGACACAAACAAGGACCCAAUCUUAAUGGACUAUUUGGAAGGCAGUCUGGAACCACUGCUGGAUACUCUUAUUCAGCUGCUAACAAGAACAAGGCUGUCAAUUGGGAGGAAAAUACAUUGUAUGACUACCUGCUGAACCCCAAGAAGUACAUUCCCGGAACAAAGAUGGUUUUCCCAGGACUGAAAAAGCCACAGGAGCGUGCAGAUCUUAUUGCCUACCUCAAGUCAUCGACCGCAAUAAGGGGAGAGGACAUUCAUCAUCUUUCAUUGCUCCUUAAAGUUUUGAGCACUGCUUUAUUCAUUUGGCAAGAGAUUGCCUUAUUCAUCAUCAUUCUAUAUAAUGUUUGUUAA